AUGACACUCCAAUGGUGCGCCGAAGCAGAGUCGUAUGUGCAAGAAUUGACCAGUGAAGGAACACCCAGUGUCGACUAUGUCUUGUUUUCGUUAGAGAAUGCCAAGAGUGCGACUCCCAAAAUGGAAUUGUACAGUAUGGGCAAGGGCGGUCGCAACAAGGUGGAAGAAUUGUUAUUGCCAGAAACCCAUCGCGUCCUGACGGGUGCCUUUUUGGCAUCCGCCAUUGACGAGCGCGGUUCGAUAGUGAGUGUCCGUCGCAAAUACAUUCACGUCAUUUGGGUCGGAACCCGCGUCGGGAUCAUGAUCAAAGGAAAAGUCAAUACCAGUUUGACACAACCCUUCAAAGAUGUCUUUCCGGGAUGUGCCCAUUAUGUGCAACUCAGUGAUGGCGAUGUCGACGAUUUGCAAGCGGAACUCUUGGAAAAAACAUUAUUGGCGGCGGGAGGAGCCCAUAAACCGACGCGCUACUCGUUCACCAAUCGAACAUUGAUUGGAAGUUUGAGUCUCGAUGAGAGUGCGUACGACAAUCAAGCAGCCGAAGAAGAAGAACGACGCCGAGAACGAUUGCGGUUAGAAGCGGAAGCAAGACGCCAAAAGGCCGCCGAAGCCGAACGACAACGAUUAGCGGCAGAAGAAGCCAAACGACGAGCGGACGAAGAAGCACGACGGGCAGCCGAAGCGGAACGACGUCGUGCCGAACAAGAACGGAUGCAACGAGUCUUGGCACAAGAAGAAGAACGAAAACGACGCGACGACGAAGCACGGCGUAAAGCAUAUCUAGAAGAACAAGCUGCCAAAAAUAAAGCCGCUGCCAUGACCCCCAAGGCAGCCCUCCGCGACAAGAGUCUCAUCAUGUUAAUUUCCAGCAUGUCGGGAAACAUGACGACAUCCACCAAUCAAGCACGAGCGUCCAACAUGUUGAAAGGGCUCGAUGUCGUGCCCGAAUUAGUCGAUGGAGCCGAUCCUGUAAACAAAGAUUUGCGGACGCAACUCUUUGGAAUUAGUGGACAACGUGGAAAAUAUCCACAAUUCUUUAUUCGAGAAAAAGAUGGAUCACUCAAAUUCUUUGGCAAUAUGGAAGAUUUUGAUUACUACAAUGAUACCGGUACAUUGGCACAACAGUUGGGCGGAUGUUUGUCGCCCAAAAAUAAUAAUGGCGCCGAGGAUGCUCCUCCUGUUCCCAUGGUAGAAUCCACCUUGAAUGGAAACAAGCUAUUGUUGCUCAUUUCCAGCAUGUCGGGAAGUUUGGAAGUCGCAUCCAAUCAAACUCGCGUACAGGGCAUUCUCAAAGGAUUGCAUUUACCAAAGGAAGAAGUAGAAGUCAUGGAUGGGUGUGAGCCUUCGGUCAAGGAACGAAGGAAUGAAUUGUUCGGCAUUAGUGGAAUUCGGGCCAAGUAUCCACAACUCUUUCUCGUCAAUAUCAAUACUGGAGAUACAUCGUUUGUGGGAAAUUUUGACGAUAUCUGUUACUUACACGACACAAACACAUUUGGUCAAUCCAUUGGGUUGGUAUCCAAGGCGGAUGCAGACAACAACACUGCUGCUGCUGUUGUUACUGCGCCACCACCAGAAACGAUCCAAAAUAACGAAAAAGCUGCUCCACCUGCUGCGGCCAACACAUCAACAAUGCCCAACGAAGCCAGUGAUACUACUCAAAACAUCGCGGCCAAUAACGAACAAGCAGGGGGGAGCAGCAGCAACAAAGCCGCAACAGGGCAAGAAUCAACAAACUUGGCAUUGCCCGAGGAGGAGUCAGGACAGCAUAUAGUUCCAGACGAGACUCCCUCGAAAACAACACAGGAGGAAGCAACAUCACAGCCAGAGCUGCAGCAGCCGCCGCCAUUGGAAGACUCGAAUCCUUCGACCACAGCAACAACGGAGGAGGAGCCACAACUAUCGUCGACAACAACAACAACGAAAACACCAGAGAAACCAGACGAAACGAAAACGUUAGUCCAGGAGGAACCCCCGCAGCAGCCGGUGGAGGAACCGCCUUUGGGAGUAACGACGGAGGAGGAGGAGAAGGAAAAACCAGCAGCCCCGGAGGAACCACCACAACCAGCUCCGCUGUCGGACCCGCAAAGCGAACCCUCCGCGAACGACGCAACAUUGCCAGAAUGCGAGCCAGACGCAGUGCCGCUGCCCGAAGCUAGCGAGAAGGCGACAAAUGGUGGUGUAGAGGAGGAGGAGACGCCGGAGGAGCCAGUGGGCGAGCCUCCAGAUGCUGGUGAUGGAGGAGCCGAUACGGCAACGGAUGCAGACAUAGUAGCCAAUGACGACAAAGGAGAUCGUGAAGUGACGAAUGGUGGCGAGCAGCAGCCUGCUAAAGACGAUGAUAACAUUCCACAAUCUGCCGAAGGUGAUUCGUCUGCACCAGUGGAGGGGGGCUCUGGAGAAGAAGACGCUUUGCCAGAGAAUUCUGCAGCUUCUGAACCUGACAAUGUUGAUGUUGAAGUAACAGAAAAACCAAUCGACAGUGAAGGAACGAUGCCAGAUGAUGACGAGGGGCCAAGUGACCUUCACGGAGUUGAAUCUUCCGUCAUUGACGAGACCGACCUGCCACCAUUGGUGGGAAGCGACUCGGCCAUGGACUUCGAUGCAAACGAGGCUGGUACUAAUUCUGAGUUGGAUCACAAACCAGAAGGAGACGAUGGAGCUCCCAGUGGUGUAGAGGAGAGCGAGCCACAGGCGUUGGCGGAAGAAACCGAAGGGUGA